GGAAUUGAGUCAUGUAAAAUCUGCAUUUUGUGGAAAAAUCCUCAUUUUAAGCUUUACGCAUGGUGUUGUAUCACUCUGGGCUGUUUGACGGAGAGUCUUUCUGAAAUGGGCAUGCUUGGUUUGCCUUAAUUUGUAGCUUUAAUAGUUUAAUUACAAAUUUUUGAAUAGCCAGAUCAUGUAAAGCAACUGGGAUCUUUUGCUUAUGAUCAUUUCUUGCAAUGGCAAUCCCAUUUCUUGUAAUUGCUCAAGGUCAACAGUGUCUGUGGACUUGAUUCCUGAAUUGGCUUCCAAGUGUUUUAAUUUUGUUCUCUUAGAAGCCAACUGAGGAAAAGUUAAGAGCAGACAGCUUGGUUUGUGGAUUUUUUACAUGCACAAAACCAUGGAGGAGACAUUUGUUCCUUUUCGCGGAAUCAAAAAUGAUCUUAAAGGAAGAUUGAUGUGUUACAAGCAAGACUGGAGUGGCGGUUUCAGAGCAGGCUUCAGGAUUUUAGCACCCACCACUUACAUAUUUUUUGCUUCUGCAAUCCCCGUCAUUUCGUUCGGCGAACAGCUUGAGAGGAAUACUGAUGGAGUUCUGACUGCAGUCCAAACCUUAGCCUCCACUGCUUUGUGUGGGAUUAUACACUCAGUCAUUGGUGGUCAACCUUUGCUCAUUUUAGGAGUUGCAGAGCCCACUGUGAUCAUGUUUACGUUCAUGUUUAACUUUGCCAAAGAGCGACCGGAACUGGGUCGGAACCUGUUUCUAGCUUGGAGUGGGUGGGUAUGUGUAUGGACUUCAAUCCUGCUGUUCUUACUGGCAAUCUUGGGAGCUUGUUCCAUUAUCAAUAGGUUUACUCGUUUGGCAGGCGAAUUGUUUGGUCUGCUCAUUGCGAUGCUGUUCAUGCAGCAAGCUAUCAAGGGACUCGUGGAUGAAUUUCGCAUACCAAAACGAGAAAAUCCAAAUUCACUAGAGUUUUUACCUUCAUGGAGGUUUGCAAAUGGGAUGCUUGCUUUGGUUCUGUCAUUUGCUCUCUUGCUGACAGCUUUAAGAAGCCGAAAAGCAAGGUCAUGGCGUUACGGGUCUGGUUGGCUUCGAAGUCUUGUUGCGGACUAUGGUGUCCCGCUUAUGGUUCUAGUCUGGACAGCCGUUUCCUACAUACCAGCUGGAAGUGUCCCAAAAGGGAUUCCACGACGCCUCUCCAGUCCAAAUCCAUGGUCACCGGGAGCUUAUGAGAAUUGGACUGUCAUUAAGGACAUGCUGAACGUGCCCAUAUUGUAUAUAAUCGGAGCUUUUAUUCCAGCAACAAUGAUUGCCGUGCUUUACUAUUUUGACCAUAGUGUAGCAUCUCAACUUGCUCAGCAGGAAGAGUUCAAUCUGAGAAAACCACCUUCUUUCCAUUAUGAUUUACUGCUUCUGGGAUUCCUGACUUUGAUGUGUGGUCUUAUUGGAAUCCCUCCAGCAAACGGUGUCAUCCCACAAUCUCCGAUGCAUACAAAGAGUCUUGCAACUCUAAAACACCAGUUGCUUCGGAAUAGACUUGUUGCAACGGCACAUAAAAGUAUGAGAAAGAACUCGAGCUUAGGACAAUUAUAUGGAAGCAUGCAAGAGGCCUAUCAACAAAUGCAGACCCCAUUGAUUUACCAGGAGUCCUCAGCUCGGGGACUCAACGAAUUAAAAGAAUCGACAAUCCAAUUAGCUUCGAGCACAGGACAUAUUGAUGCCCCCAUUGAUGAGACAAUGUUUGAUGUUGAGAAGGAGGUUGACGAUCUUUUGCCGGUUGAGGUGAAAGAGCAACGUUUAAGUAAUUUGCUUCAAGCCACAAUGGCAGGAGGAUGUGUUGCAGCUAUGCCUCUCCUUAAAAUGAUACCAACCUCAGUGCUUUGGGGCUACUUUGCCUUCAUGGCCAUUGAAAGUUUACCAGGGAACCAAUUUUGGGAGAGGAUCUUAUUGCUCUUUACUGCACCAAGCAGAAGAUACAAGGUUCUUGAAGAGUACCAUGCCACCUUCGUAGAAACCGUGCCUUUCAAGACAAUCGCGAUGUUGACAAUAUUCCAGACAAUUUACUUGCUUAUUUGUUUUGGGAUUACAUGGGUUCCAAUCGCAGGGGUUCUGUUCCCUUUAAUGAUCAUGCUUUUAGUUCCUGUUAGACAAUACCUGCUGCCCAAGUUUUUCAAAGGAGCACAUCUUCAAGAUUUAGAUGCUGCAGAGUAUGAAGAAGCGCCAGCUUUGCCGUUCAAUCUUGCUACUGUACGAUUUCUUGUCCAUUAUACUCUGAAAUUUAAUCUAGCUCUCUUUCAGUUUUACCACACAACAUUUUUGUUUUCCCAUAUUCAUGUGUAUUUGAAGCAGGAAGGAGAGCUAGGUGCUAGAGCUUCAUUUGCUGAGGAUGGAGAAAUUUUAGAUGGGAUGAUAACUAGAAGCCGUGGUGAGAUUAGGCGUAUAAACAGUCCUAAGGUCACAAGCUCCACCGCAACGCCAGCAAAAGAUCACAGGGAACUUCAGAGCCCGCGUAUGUCUGUAGAGAAAGCAUAUAGCCCUCGUGUAAGCGAACUUAAAGGGGAAAGAAGUCCUCGAUCUGGCGGACGAGGACCGCAGAGUCCAAAGACGGGAGAAGCCAAGCCGUCUUCUUUGGGAAGGAGUCCAUUAAAUCCAACUUCAAAGUAGCAAAAAAAAGUUUUUGCUUGUUUAAAUUGUCUAAUCUGUAGAAAGUUGAUAUGGCCUGUACAUUACAUGGCUUUUGUUGUAGUCUUGUUUUGGUUGGAAUUUAUGUAAAUCUUCAUCCUGCACCCCUUCUACUCAUAGAAUUAUUGCUUUCUUGUAACAAUAAAUACUAGUCAGUAUUGUUCUUUCGAAGAGUGUAUUGUUCGUAUUAAUUGCAUCUUGUAAAGAAACUAAUAGUGGUGAGAAAUUGUAUAUGCUCUCGAGAUCAUCAGCUUUA